AUGAACAUGAGCGCAAGCGCAAACGCCAGGCCACCGCCCGGAGGCGGACCGCAAUCACACGCCUCGCGCCGUCUCCUCAUCUUCCAGGAGACGCGCAACCCGCAAAACGUCGCAGAGACCAUCUACCUUCCCGUCAACAAGCUGGGGUUACCCAUCUGUGGCGAUGGGCCCGAGAUGCCUUCCAUUCUGGAGUUGCCGUUGCGAGUGCUGAGGGUGUUUACGGAUAUCUUUAAUCAGCCGAAGUAUAAGGGAUGGGCCGUCGUCUCUGCAGGUCCUUACCGGGAUAUCUCAGAAGAAGGGAAAUUUUAUGCUGUGCUCCUGGAGCAGACACAGAAUACUUCGGGGCAUGCAUCGUAUGAGACUCAUAUGGGGACGCCUUGA